AUGCCAGAGGUAGCUUCAACGUCGAGGGGACAUAGGGGCGAACACAGUUUGCAGACUAUCAGGACGCCAGGAGAUUUGUUUGGGGCGUCGUCAAGUGAGCAGCAGCACCAAGCGGUCGGGUCGACGCAACGUAGACGCAGAAUUUUUCCACAGGGAGAUUCGGAUGGAUGGGAGCCGAGUCCUAAGAAGUCCGGUUGGCUUGCGCAUGGUAGCUCGGUAGUGGCAGGUGCCGAAGGUCCGAGAAGUGCUGUGCAUCAACUCCCCGAGGCUGUUCAACAAACGCCAGGCAGUCUCUAUGCACAUUCCCCAUAUUUGUGGCAUCCAUCUGUACCUGCUACAUUUGCUCCUCAGCCAGGGCUAGCAACUCCUGCGUUGGUUCUCCAAGGAGCACAGCAAGCGCAACACAUAGGACAGCUCAUGGGACAGCGGGUAACACUGCAGCCACCUACUAUCCCUCCAGUGGCAUCGUCUGCACUGCCUACAGGAAGCAGUAUUGUUAGUGUAUUGUCCAUCGAAGACUCCACACAAGCUUCGGCGUCCCAGAGAGUAUCGGUGCCUGCGACCCAAAGUGGUUCACUGGCCUUAGCUUAUGCGGCUCAAAGCGGUUCACUGGCUUCAACUUCUGCUUCUCAAAGCGAUUCAUUGGCCUCAGCGGGACCUUUGUCACAACGCGAUAAUGAAGCGUCAACGCGACGAUCAGCUCUCAUGGAGGUAGUGGCACCAGGGCCGUCAGCCGAGUCGAAAAGUAGGCAUCCCUUUGUCCGGAUGCCCACGUUAAUGCCAUGGGUACGGGUGGCGGACGUGCAGGAAGAGAUUCCGGAUUCCUGGACAGCAACGGAAGCCAUGGUUUACCUGCUUAGAACUGUGAGAAACUUGUGCCUAAAGCCAGCCCUCGACCUUAGAGACACAAAUGAAUUGGUCGGUGCCGCUAUUAACUUAGCUCGGCGCGCUCUGAUAUCUAUGACUACCCCGCUUGUCGACGUGAAGGCAUCCACGGCUGCAGAUACGUUGGGACGUCGGUUCUUGGUUUUCAAAGCAUUUCAUACAGUCUUGAAACUCGUAGGAGACGAAAAACCGCGUUUGAGAGAAUUGUGGCACACUCUUGUAGCGAGCAUUCCAACAGCAUACAGUAACCGCUUCACUGGUGCAUACAGCAAUAAGCAUAUGUUCCAGGUCGAGUUGUCGUACCAGCUAAGCGCAGCGUUGGAAUUGUACAAGAGUGGAUCUUCGCCUUCAGAUGACGAAAUAAUCGCUCUCCACCGCAAGUUGUUUUGCAUGAAGUUCUCUCCGCGGGCGUUCCUUCGAGACGCGUGGGAUCCGUGGAGACAGGAUGACACAGAAUAUAGGGAUGGUCCGUGA